AUGGUUACACUUGCCAAGGGAGCACCAGAGGACCAUCAGCUCAAACCCUCAAGGAGAGUUACGUUUACUGCGACAUCCGGCCCGCGGACUCGUUCCCAGGACGUCUUUCCAGCAAGCCAGCGAGGCUUGAACCCCGAAGAAGAGACCGUGAAUGCGGCUACUAUGAGCUUCCUUCAGGCGUUGACACUAAAAACGCCCGGCAACGACAGCCGGUGGCUGAUGAGACGUCUCGCCCUUAAAGCCAGGUUUAGAUCGGGCUCCUAUGAAGCCCGCACCGAUGGCUAUCUUCAGUCCAAGCGGGGAAACCAGAAGUUGCAGGCUAUUGUCGAAGUUAAGGCAAAAAAGCGGGGGAAGGCCCGAUAUGACACUUCCAGGCCGGACCAAGACGAAAUUUACCUGACGUUCGCGUCAUACGACCAGUCAGUCGUACUUGAACUAUCUGAAGACUGGGGCGCGAACUCGCAGCUUCCUCAGAAUGGAGUCAUAUGGCCACUGGAACCAAUCUUGCCCGGGAAGGAGCUGGAAACAUAA